AUGGCUCAACGUCAAAGCGACACACCGGUCCAGCUUCCCACCGAAAUAUGGGCACAAGUCAUCGAGUUACUGGACAGCGAGGACCCAAAAGACGUCCGAUGUCUUCGUCAGACAUGCAGACGACUGUUGGACCUAUGCGACCCAGCCUUUUGCAAGGUCCUACACGUUUCCAGGCCAGAAUUGGCUGGAAUACAAGAGGCCAGCUUCAGAAGACAUCCGCAGCGAUAUGGCCUCGUGAGGACCAUGGUUGUUCACCCUCAAGGAUCGUCGGCCAGCUCUCAUAUUACUGUUCGCGGUCAAGGAUUGGUGGCCAGCUCUGACCUUGAAAAGAUGAUUUCGUUGAUUCCUGAAUUCCGAGAGCUCCGGACUUUGCACGUUUGCACAAUCGCGAUCCACGACGAUGUAGUCGGCAUUCCUCGAGUCCAAGACUAUCUCGAUACGCAUGCGUGCUCAGUCUUCCACAGACUGAACCAGACGAUGCUGAGCAGUGCAUUCACCGAGUUGCGUGAAUGUACAUUGCUAUCUAUGCAAUACCAUCCUAUUUGGAUCAACCCCAUCCUGUGGGCCCCGAAACUCAUCAGCUUGAAAGUGUCUUUCCCAACUAUCGACGAGCAGCAUGAGUUUCCGCUCCCACCACCCAAAUCCACACCAUUGAAGCAUCUUACGCUCUUGGUUACUCCCUUCACGGACCCGCAGAUUGUGUCAUCCAUCCUCAGCAUACCAACAGCGCUCGAGAGCCUAGCGUUUGAUGAUAGUCGAGCUCAAAUCACAUCGUCACAAGGGAUCCUAGCAGAAGUACUGCCAGCUCUAGCACUUCACCAGCCCCAACUGCAGACGCUGAAGGUGCAUGCAGCUCGCAAGCGUAACUUCUCAUUGCAUAUGCACACUAGUCCUUUUGAUUUCACUCAGCUUACUGGACUCAAAGAACUGAGCUUCUCCAAUCAUGAAAAUUGCCCCAUCAACUGUUUCCUCAACUUGCCGGCCGGUCUCGAGACCCUUCGGUUAAAUAAUGAGGUGUUACUAUUUGCCCUAGCCGAACGCCUCCUGCCUCUCUCUUCUGCACCAAACUUCACAUGUCCACGCCAUAUCGAGAUAGACAUCGAUCUCAACUUUCAUCCUCCAGGUGACCGACCCCAGCGGAAUUAUUUCUAUAGCUGGAGGAGAGAGGAACUUAUGGGCGAGAUUGACGAGCUGAUGAUGAAUCUACCCUGCCAGUCAAUCACCCACACGAAGAGGGCCAAUAAAGAAAAGGGACGGGUAUUGGCAAAGAGGACAAACGACCACGAUACGUUCAAGACGACGGCAGUCAGAAUCUUGUUAUGCACCGAUCCUGAGCUUGUGAACGGCCACAGUCGCAAUGAUCUUUGGGAAUUCCACCAGUGUGGUCUCGAACGAGAACCUGAAGACGACCGAGAUUGA